CAUUGAUAAUUUUCUUCAUGUUUGCCCUACAUAACCGUUUUGCACGUCUCUACCCGUCCUGCUUAAGAUUAGCGAAAAUGAGUCAAGUUGGAGAAAUGGGAAGUGGCGCCGGUAAGGGUGGCGGUGGCGGUGGUGUUAUUCGAGAAGCAGGCGGAUCGUUCGGUAAAAUGGAAGCAGCCCACGAAGAGGAAUACUUCUACAAGCAGCAGCGUGAGCAGUUGGCUAAACUAAAAUCGACUGCCGAUACCACCGGGACCAGUGCAACGAAACCGAGUGGCGGCGAUGGCCAAAAGUAG